UUUUACUAAUUCUACGACCACUUUUUGUUUUCUUUCUUGCUUAAUUCUCUUUCCAUUUAUUUUUCUCAUGAUGGCGCAUAGCUUGGGGUUGCAUUUGGUCCAUUUCUCUUUUCGCCUCGACUUAUAUUAUUAUAAAAGUGGUUGUUUGUUGAGUACAAUUGUAGAAGUGGCUGUGUGCUGGCGGAAAUGGAAAAUAAAGUGGUUGUUGCUGAGGAAAAUGGAAAGGCAAAAUGUAUAG